AGAGUUUAGCACAAUUAUCAAAGGUUCAUCAUGCACAGCUUGUGGGUAGUGUUUGUUAGCCUGUGGGCUCUUUCGUUGGCACAGCAACGAGAUUCUGGUUGUGGAAAUGAUCAUUUCCAAUAUGGAUUCUCUGGGUCGUUCACAUCGAUGAAUUUUGAUCCAGAAGCAAAUGUCAAGUACGAUCCUAAUGCGAUGUGUGACUGGGUAUUAGAGACAUCUGAGGCCCAGGGUCAGGUUAUAGAACUGUUUUUCAACUAUUUCGACCUCGAGGGGUCAUUGCAAUGUUCCUAUGACAUGGUGGUCGUUUAUGAUGGAGGAGACGACUCAUUCCCAAUACUGCGUGAAAUAUGUGGUCACUCUAUACCAAACCCAACCAUAGGAACAGGAUAUGUAAUGUACGUAAUUUUCAGCACGGAUUCAAGUGUCCAGUACACUGGAUUUUCUGCCUACUGGGAAACACGUGACCAACCAAUCGAAUGUGAGCUACAAGUGGAAUAUCGUUGUGGAAACGAUGUUAAUGGUUUCUGUAUCCCAUUUGCCCAACGUUGUGAUGGUGCCCAAGACUGUCCAAUGGGAGACGAUGAGCUAAACUGCCCAUCGAAUACAGCUAAUUGUGGUAUCCAAGAUAUCGAGCCCGUAUUGACCCUACCAGAAGGAGAAGUUGGAGCCGAUAUUGUUGGAGGCGUCCAGGCUGAGCCCGGUAGCUGGCCAUGGCAGGUGGCUAUACAAAGGAAUAGGAUACACAUAUGUGGCGGGUCAAUUAUUAAAAGCCGGUGGAUAUUGACAGCAGGACACUGUGUAAAUUUAGACCAGGAUCAUCCUGAGAUGUUCGAUGUUAUUACAGCCAACCAUAUAUAUACACAACCGGACCCAUAUGAGCAAACCUGGGAUAUUGAAGAGAUAUUUGUUCACCCUGAGUUCGAAAUGUUUAAGGAUGAAUACAACUUUGCCUUGUUGAGACUUAGAGGAGCAAUACUUUAUGUUAAUGACUGGGUACAGGAUAUAUGUUUACCCGCGGAGGGAACACAGUACCCUAACGGCACUGAGGCAUGGGUUACUGGUUGGGGCUCUACAGUUGCUAGUUCUCCAUCAAUUGAUGAAGUUGGCGCUGUAGUCCUAAUGCAAGCACCAGUAAAUAUAUAUGACGAUAACUGGUGUAAUGCUCCGGGCAGGUAUAACGGUGACGUGACUGAAUCACUGAUGUGCGCCGGUGCUAUCGAAGGAAGGGAUGCGUGUGUGGAUGACGAUGGUGGUCCUUUGGUGUGGUAUGAUGGAUCUCGGUGGUAUCAAGCUGGAGUUAUCGGAGUUAGAAACGAACACUCUUGUGCUGUGCCGGUUUUGCCUGGACUAUACGGCAGAGUAGAUGCCGUCGAACCAUGGAUCGAGAGCGUUAUGCUGGCGAAUUGAAAGCUGCAGUUUUAAAUUUUGAUUAGAUUUUCAAUCUAAUGUGCUACUCUUAAUGAUGGAAAACAAUAAUUAAAUUUUCCACGUGAAAAAA